CACCGUUGACUUUUGCAACCGGACUCAGUCAGUUGUUCCUCAGUACACAGUUUUACAGGUUGAUAGUUGCAGUUACGUCUAUUUACGGUUUAACGUGCGUGUUCGUGAUGUUUGUUUGGUUUUAUCACGUUGCAUUUAUGAAUGUGAGCAUUUUCAAUUGAUGCACAACUCGCAGUGAGAGAUUAGACAAAUCGAGCGUAAAGCACAUCGAACACUAUUACUCGUGUAGUGUUUUCCUUAGUGUUGUUAUCGUUAAAGUGUAACGACUGUAAGGGCUUGAACCGGUGGACUUCUCUCACCUUAAGCUUCCGCCUUCUUUCGAGUCGAGACAUUUCGCUGCGAUCUAAGUGCUCGUCGAUUAUUAAAUCAAUAGACGGCUGUACUCAUUCGAAAAAAUUGUGUCUUGAUUUUUCAUCUGGAUAACUUCAAGGACUGUUCCGCUUGGAGCUUUAUGCCAUGGUUUGAAGUGAGGAAUAAUUGAAACAUUAUUCUCCCUGGAGUGACAGUCUAUACCUAGACCUGAUGAGAGGGUGGUAGCUGUUCUCUGUGAUGCCUGAUGUGACUCGCUCGGAUUCCCAACGAUCUGAUGGUUCCAAUCGACCACGCGUUUCAUUCAACAGGGACGUGCACGUCAAACGCAUCGUGCCUAACGAAACUUCGCGAGUCGCUGGAUCAUUGGGCAAUGAGGCAACUGGUCAUCUUCUACCAUCUCCAGUACGAAAAGAGAGACUACCGAAAUCCAAACUAGCGGAAGAAGCGGCUCGAGUGUUAAAAGAAGUGGAAAAAGUGAAUUGCGUUGUGAAAAAUCAAGGAGUACAUCCUGACAAAUUCUAUACAUUGCCAGCUAGGCGAAAACACAAAGUUCUACCGGACUCUAACCAGUCUUCAUUAGACCGCACAGUUAGAAGGAGAAGAAGCGAAGAACUAGGGGUUACAAUCGAAAGUCCUCCGAAAAAGCCGCCGCGCACGUUCACCCAGUAUCCCAAAACUGAAAAGUCGCGAAACUCGAUUUUUAACGUUUUUAAAAAAUCCGAUCCAUCGAGUAAGUCGAGCUUGAGACGUAGCGUAAGUGAUGCAACUAACUUGAAGUCGAAGCGCGUGCUCCUGACGAACAAUGCCGAUACGUCCAGAAGGCGAAGAGAUAGCGACGGUGAAGAUUCGUCAAACCUAAAAACCAAGCUUUCGCCCAUUAUCGAAAGUGCACCGAGUAAUGAUUAUUUUUCGCGCGAUAACAAAGAGAAUAUCGACACCGAGCAUGCAGAAGACUCACAACGGAAGAAAGGAUCUAGCAGUGUUACCGAGCUACUGAAGGAGUACAUUGAUGAAGUCGAUACCGCAUUGUUUAACGAAACCGGUACGCGAGUAAAUCACAGCGCCAAAUUCCCCGAAGUAGUCAUAAUCGAUGUAGAUAAGGCGGAGAAGAUCACCCGUAAGAAGGAUUCAAAAUUAAGUAUCGGCAAGAAGAUUAAGUCUUUAGGAACGAAGAAAGUGAAAACGAAAAAGCCCGCAGAAGCAAGCAUAGUUAAAGACGCAAUCGAUAGCUUGCAGAAUCAAUCGCCUACUAUGAUCCACAGUAGUCAAAAACCUGUCGAUAAGCUACCGUUGACUCGAGGUUUUACUGUAGAUACCAUGGUUAGAAGGUUAAAUAGCGAUAAAACCUCCCCUUCCCCUCCUAAAACGAAUAUUAUGGUAACACCCAACGUCAGCAUGCAGCACAAUAAUAAUCAACCAUUUUCCUACACGAGGGGGCAGAGCCCCGAGCGUAACUAUAGAAGUCCAGAAGGAUCGAGGAGCCCAGAUCCAGGCAGCCCAAUUAUAUACGCUCACGUAGUCUGCGACAAGAGCCUGAAUAACUCGAACACAAUCAAACAGACCGUUCACGCCGCGUAUACGAACGGUAAGAAGCAUUUGCCCCAUUCCGAUUCUGACGAAGGGUUGGGCAACGACGAGGGUUCGGGUAUCAGUCGAGGAAAGUACGACUACGAAAAACCAGUCACGCACUUCGGCGACGAUUACUACAGACCUUCUGAUCCCUAUCAGAAUGACGAAGAGAACCCCAUCACCCCCAAAAUGAAGAAUGGGUACAAUCACUACAAUAAUUAUAAAACUGAGCACAGAAUAUUCAUCGACAGCUCGUCGCGAGGUCGCGGCGAUGGUAUGGACUCGAAACGUCGAGAGAGCUUAACGGAACCACACGAAAACGGGUUUAACUCGCUGAAGUAUAAUAAUAACACGAGCCGCACGGAUUUGAGCGCACGAAGGGACCUUCUGGAAUCUAGGAUAAAUAGACGAUUGGAAGAGAAGCACUUGAGGCAUUCCCCCCCAAGUAACGAGCCCAACGUUCAUGUAAAUAAUCAGUACGUCAGCGAAACCAAGUACUACAGACACGGAUCGAGCAGCCCCGUCGGAUAUACCGAAACGUACGUAACGAAAAGUAAAACCGACCGAAACGGCAAUACUCAGACGACAAAGACGCAUUCCCGAAAAGACCACCGCUAUUCGGCCGAACCGAAAAGCAUAGACUCGCAGAUAAUCGACUACAGAUCCUCGCCCGAAAACGUAUCGCGACGAAACGAGCUAAACCACGACUACCGAUACAGCCGCUCUUCCAAGUACGUGACGAGAGACGAAAAGCAGAAGCUCAGCAAGGAUCGCGAGCACUACAGGUCGAAUCCAGAAAUAAUCCAAAGAAACUACAACAAUAACUACGACGGAUACCAAGAGACCUACCACGAUUCGCUCAAGCGCGAAACCUCGACCCCUAAGCAGCGAUCCGAAAGGAAGUACUUCGACCGAAGCGAUUCGGACCGCAAGGACCGGCUGGGCGAUUCCGGUAUAGAGAACGACUUCAAACGUAGCUCGGGGCACUAUCGACGUCGACGUGGCGACUACAAUGAUAGCGAAGACGAGGGGUUCGCCAGCUCUUUGCUUAUCGCGAGCGAACGUCAGCACACUGAAGAUAACAUUAACACUCGAAGCCGAGAUGAUUCCUUUCGCAAUUUGGAACAUAUGGACUACAAAGUGUACAGGGGGAGGAACGAGUACGCGCCCAGGGAGAGGAGCAUCGACGACGGAUCCCACUACGAUCCCAGAAUCGACAAGGAUUUCGACGCCGAUCGCAGCACGCUGAAAAAGAAGGUCGAGAAGAAACCGCCGAAACCCGAGAAGAAAAGCGGCCUGGAAAAGGUUAAGCAGCUCUUCUCCCGCGAUUCGAAGAAGAAAAAGGAAAAGGAGCGAGCGAUGGUUCCCGAAGAAAGUCUAAGGGCCAGAUACACCGAGUACAGGGGGAGCAGGGAGAAUUUGGAGCCGAAAUCUGUUAGGAAACACGCGAGCGAGAGCAAAACGAGUUACGAGUAUAGUAAUAGAAGACGUUUGUCAACACCAAGCCCGAGCCCAACGCGCGAAGUUCAGCGAAAUGGCAAAUCCGAGUCGACCCCCGGUAGCUGGUUUAAAUCUAUCGAUCGAUUGUCACGAAAAAAAUCGAAAAAGGACGAAAAGGUAGCAUUAAGUGAAGACGAAAUCGCUCCGAAACCGACACCGACAAAGAAUCUACGAUUUUUUGGUGAUACUGACGUCGAAUCGAACGACAGCCUUCGCCAUAAACCGACGAAAACCCACUCGUCCAUAACAAACUCGAACUAUUCGGAACGUGUUCGAAGCCAGUCCAAUCGAGAUUUGCAAAACAUCUCCGAAGAAAGGCAAACACCCGAGUACAGCACUCCUCUCAAAAGUAGCAAUCACAGGUCCCUACUGAAUAUAUCCGAAUCGGAAAGAGAUUCGAAAAAUUCACGGGUCAGUGUGAAACCCCCCAUAUCACCCAGCCACAGGCCGAGGGAGCACCAUGGGCACGACGACAGAGGAAGGCGUCGACGAAACGAAGUAAGCUCCGUAGAGAGCUCGACAGAAGGUGACAGCAGCCAACAAUCGCAGAGAAGCGUUGUGUACCUCCACGCGGCUACAGUUGGAGACAUACCAGGUCCCGGUUAUUUGAGAAACGGGCGCCGCGCCGCAUCACGUGAAGAAUUGGCAUCGAACGGCUCCAGUAACAUCAAACCGCAAACGAAAACACUGAGCCGUUCGUUUUCCGUUUUGGCACCGUGGAAACCGCGCCAUUACAAGGAGUCGUACGACAUUGACUACACGCAGUACCCAAAAGUUGCCAAAAACGGUAAAUACGAACAGCGAAUCAGCAAAAACAGCAAUAGUCGUAAGGACGGCUCGUCCACAUUAAAGAAGAAGGCAAACGAAACCAAACGGUCCAACCAAAGCUCAUCCACGCUAAACCGCAGAUCGCAAAGUAAAGAAAACGUGUCCUACACCCUGCGAAAAUCCCAAGAAGACUUAGGCAAGGGUUCCAGCAUGACGCUGUACAGAAAAAAAGACAAGCAACCUAAGGAAAACCUUAGGUAUGCAAAGGACAAAGAAGACAAGCGCAUAUCGUCGAAGAGCAUAUCAGUCGAAUCAUUAAGCAAUCACAGAAGCGCGGAAAACGGUAGAGACAUCUCUAGGUCCGUAUCAAUGCCACGCGAUCCAGAAAAAUCGGCUGGCUGGUUUAAGUCGAACAAAAAAAGUAAAAAAUCGGUCAGUUCGCAGCGACUCUAAUUCGGUUUCGACGGCUAAAAAUUCAUCAAUGCAUUUGAAGAGAAGUACAAGUUGACGUGCCAUUUGCUAUUUAAAUACUUCCCUUAAGUAGUUCUCUCCAAUUUAAUAAGACGCGUUAAAUUUUUCAGAGAUGGACUGGGCUCCUCGUAUAAAGUGCCUAUGUUUAUUCAAUUUUCUUUUCGUUACGCCCACGAGACCUAGUGAAAAGGAACUUGAAUUUUGAAUUGUUUUAUGCAUGGAUUCUUUUUUAGUAUUUUAUGUGUUACCUUUUUAUUUGUAACUUAUAAAAAAAGCCUUAUAACGAAAUGCCACUCACAGGUGCUAUAUAGUUGGAUUUACGGUAGAUGUAAGAGUACUAUUAAUUGUAAAUGUCGGGUAGGUUUCAGUUAAUAUAGAAAUUUUAACAAAACAAAACUGGCGUUAAUUUGUUGCAGUGAGUUUCGUAUAAAAAUAAAUUGUAACUUUAUUAUA